AUGGAACCCAGAAAAAUAAUCAACUUUACAUCAGAAGCAGAAACAGGUUCUCAUCUACCAGUAAACGAUUCGUUCGUAUUUGACGGAACUACUUCUGAUAUCGCUCGACAGCUCUAUCUUCGUCAUGCAGCAGGGGAUUCAAUUGAAAAGUGUGUACCAAAUACCAUCCCAAGCACUGUAACUGCGCGACUUGCACCAUUUAAUAUCUCGUUUGAAAAUCUUCCUGGCUUGUUGCAACGAGCAUUGCUAUGGGACUCAGGUUUUGUCAUCUCGCCUGAAAAUGAUGCAGUACAAAUUUGGACACUUGGUGGCCGCUCAAUGGCAAAUUUGGCUAUUUCAAGGAUAGAAUACCAUACAACAGGAUGCACCGCUUUAAACUGCAGUCAACCGGACGAUAGAAUGUACAAUGCGAAUGAUAAUUGUACAGGAACACAGAUUCUAACGGCAGCUAAGUGUUUAAUGGACAAUUUUGACUCGGAUACAAGUUCGCAUGUUGCAAUGUGGUCAGAUGGAGGAGACGUUACGAUGAUUCCAAAUAUUCGAGCAGUUAAACAUGGAUGGGUGGAGACGGCAACAAAUGACUCAUUCUUAGUCUAUGCGGUGCAUACAAUGAAAUUAGAUGAAGAGCCAGCGUAUGGCAUGUGUAAUACACAUGGAUAUGGAUCACUAGUUGUACCAUGCUAUCCAGUGAGUAACACCUCAGCUGAUGUUGUAGCAGUCAUGUCAGUGCCAGUCUUUACGCCAUGGGUGACUACGUGGAUAAAGCAGUAUCAACCAAAGUCUAAUACUUCCGUUAACAGCAAGUCUGACGAUAGUAGAUUUAAUAUGUGGCUAUUAGGUCCGAUCAUACUAGGCUCCUUACUGGUAUUUCUACUGCUCGUUUUCUUUGUCUACAAGAAACGCCAACGACUGCCAUCGAUUUAUAUGCCACGUUAUUCACCUGCAGAGAGUGAUUGCAGUAGGAAAUCAAAACCUCCAGGUCCGCUCGUCGCACCUCGUCAGCAAGAGAAUAGAACAAGUCUUCGUCGUACUGAACAAGAAACAAUUGGAGAUUUUGAUCGCACGCUUCACUUACCUGGUCUUAAUGACAGUCCGAUCGAAGAGCAAUCGCCCAUACUAGAAGAGACUCCUCCACAUUCACGUCGAAAAACUGCACCAGCUUUUAUAACUUCUACUCUUGCAGCACGAAGCAGUCAAUUAGCUGCUCAAUUAAAUGCAUUAACAUCACGAAGAGGCUCCGUACCAUCAGCUUACACUUCAAUGGAAGAAGCUCAAGCUCCAGCGACGACUCGUGCUACACUACAAACAUUGAUGCCGACGGCUCGCCAAGCUUCAGCUCGAAGAAUUGUAGUUCGCCCACGUCCAUCGUCUAGUCCAGCUGUUCGUUUGUCUUCAGCACAAGAAUCAACUUAUCGUCGACGUCCAUCAUCUGCUCAGACACUUGGUCGUCCUUCUUCUGCUCAGACACUUAGUCGUCCUUCAUCAGCUCGCAGUUUGCGUCAAUCAGGUCUCUCUCUUUCUCGUCGAAGCUACUCGGAUGUUUGGAGUGAUCGCUCGUCGGUGCAAAAUCAAUCAGGAAGCCACUAUUUACCGACACUUCGAGAAUCCAUCUCGAUGUCUCCGAUUCAAAAUUAUAUGCCAUCGAUCCGAGAUUCAAUUCAAGCUGACCUUGAAUCUAUUCCAGCUCUACGUGAGACUUUCUCCCGCUACUCUGCUGCAGACAAUGUACAAUACAAACUCACAACAGACUCCAACCUUGUAGGUAAGCGCAUUGCAUGGGAGCGUAUUGAAGUCGGUCCACUGCUAUCCCGUGGAGCUUUUGGAGAAGUGUGGGCAUGUCGCUAUGCUG